UGUAUUGCACGAAUUAUGUGCAAUAAAGUGAUAAAAAAAACGUGUAUUAAUGAAAAUGUGAAUGCCAGUUCAUCAACAAAGAAAACAACGAGGGUGAAUAAAACAUCACCCCUUUACAUGGUCCUUCGAAAGUAGAUGAAAGAAAAAUCAACACCUAUGGAUAUUCUGGACAUCGGUUUAACAAAAAUCGUAAAAAAACAGUCGAUAAGCCGGCCUGGUCAUUUUAAUACGGAAUGUAAAUCCACUUCAUGUAAACACUGGCAAGAAGCACAAUUAACUAUUGCACUUAAAUUCAAACAAAACCAAAAUAAUACCCAAAAUAAUUCUCAACUCGUACAAAACCCAAAUACAAAUUCAAAUAAUAAUUUACCCAAACCAAUAUCAAAUUCUCAAACAGAAAACACAACUAUUAAUCAUCAUUAUGUGCAAAAAAAGCAACAAAACAUUUUAUUAUCUAACAUAAUAACAAAUAUUAAAAUACAAACAGAUGCAGUAGUUAAAUCAACAUACAAUAACUUUGAAGCCAAACUUUCAUUUUUAGUAAUUGACAAAAUAACAGAAAAAAUUCCUCAAGUUUCUUUUGAUGUUUCCUCACUCAAUAUACCAAGUUCUAUAAAAUUAGCAGACCCAGAAUUAAAUAAAGCAAGUCAAAAUUUGACUGUCAAAUAG